AUGGCGGAGAUGGGAAGGCUCAAGAUAGAGCACGCAGACGCCAUCAAAAAGGCCAACGAGAAGCAGCAACGCCUUGGACAGGAGGUUUCCAGGUUGGAUUAUCAGGAGCAAACGGCGAACAACGCAAAGGCUAGGGCGGAGAGGGAGCUGGACGAGGAGAAGCGCAACACAGCGCUCCAGAGUUCGCGCAUUAGGGAUCUCGAGGCGGACUCGAGAGACGCCAAGUCAAAGAGAUUUGAGGUUGGAAACCAGCUCUCCAGCAGAAAGACCGAAGUGAAAACGCUGAAGGAGAGCCUCAACACAGAGAAGGCCAGCACAGUCCAGGUUCAAGAGAGUAUCCGGGCGGCUAACAAGUCUCAUACCGAUAGACUGUCCCAAUGGGCGAGACUUUUCUUUGGUCUAGACGGGGUUCACAGCGAACAGGCGCUUGUGUUAGCCAUUAGCAAAGGCACCCGGGCCGCUGCCCAAGAUCACAAGCCCUGGCUCAUCAGCGAGUCUUCCACAGCUGACCAGCGACUCUCAGAGUUUCCUCGUCACGAGCUGGGCGCGGUCGUUUCGAUGCUCAUUAACAUCCUACAAGACAGAGACCUUGAAAUUCAGUGGUUUGGCGGUCUGAUCCGGAGACUGAUUACGCUGGUAUCACAGGCUCCACGAGUCAACACGGCGUUAAUACAUUGGAUUGUCGACUACAGCAAUUGGAGUCUUUCGCUCGUACAUCCGAAUGAGCAUGUUAUCCCUGCGCGAGCCGCGAUCUGGGCGCUGCAUGACCCCAAGGCAGUCGACGCCGAGGGACUCAACGCCCAAGGGAAAGUUCCAAUGGUAUUAGAGCUCCAGCAAGACAACAAUGGGAGUGUUGUUCACAUCGUCAAGAAGCCCGAAUGGGCGUGGGCUGUCAUCAUGGACAUGCAGAGACAUACCUGCGCAUUCGUCAAGGAGCACUGCUUGCGAGAAGUGGCUAUGGGUAAUGGUGUAUGGGAUAAGGAGGUCAAGGCGGGGAACGUGGUUAUCCACUUAGACAUGAGUAAGCCAGAGUGUGUAGACUUUUAUAUAGAACACUGGGUAUUUGAGGACUAA